AUGAUAUGCGCAAGAGUCGGGAUUGCUCGGAAGGUGGAAGGUCGGCAAUGGACGUUGUACAUAGUGUUGGGAGAGUCGCCAUUUGGUCCUUUAAGUUUCAAUCCUUCGAAAGUGGAUGCACCUCCGAUGACAUCAAGUCCCACACGCGAGGAGGCGGCAGCCGCUGACGAAGCCGUAGCUAACUUGGCGCAGCAGUUGAGCCGGUUAACGAUACGGUUGUCCGGGGGGGGUGGUGCGGAAGGUCUGCAGUGGCAUCCGGAAACUCCUCUGAACCGGAACAAUGUCCUUUUGGAUAAGUCGACAACUGCGGAGUUGAAUAUAGUAACGGAUGAGGCUCGUGAGGUGAGUGCUUUAGUCGACGACGUAAAGGAGAAGUUGAAGGAUCGUAAUCUCAACCCCAAACUGAAGUCGUACUGGACCGAAGAAGGCAAGCAGUUGUGGCAGGUAGUGAGCGAGCGCAAUAGUGAAACGAUUUCUGACGCCAAUCGUUGUCUGGCCGUGCGCUUGUUGGAUUAUAUGGCUCAAGACACGGGCUCGUCGUUUGAGGAUGUCUGGAAGCGAUACUUGCAGAACACUUGGUACAAAAAAAGCACGUCGGGAGAGCUGUGCGCUCUUUUCAACGUUGGAGACUUGCCCAUCGUCAAUGUCACACCCGCCUCACGGAGGCACGAUGGCGACGUGGAUUACGACGCCGCCUACAAUACUUAUAUUACCGGGCCUACCAAACUUCUCGACUGGAUUCGACAUCCGGUUGGGAUGAAGGCCUCAGCUGACGAUUACUGCACUACAGAUAUUUACUAUGCGGCCUUCUCCGUUAGAUGGCAUCAUUUAUAUGUCCAAGCCUUUCCGAUGCUCUCUUACACCAACCUGAAUAUACAGCAUAGUUUAGAGGCUGUAAGGAUGAGUGAUUUUGACAAGUAUAAAGGUCUAGACGGAAAGGACAAAGCGGAAAAGGAAUACAUCAAGUCCGUCCGAAAGCAUUUAGACGGGGUGCUUCUGCAGGUUAAGCAACAAAUUUUCGACAAGGGCAAAGUACGAAUACUGGCUGAAGUGCACGAUAAAUUGGUCUCAUUGAAGCAUCAGUUUCUUGAGACCUGGCGGAAGGUUCCGGAUCCUGGUAAGACGGGUAAAUCCCAGCCGUUUAAAUGCCUGUCACGUAAAAAGCCGGUGUCGGCCGCAUCGACGGAUGACUAUGACCAGUUUGAAUUUAAGGUAAAUUUGGAAACGACCAGAAUAAUCCACGACUGGUUCGAAACAAAGUUGUUACCUUCUAUUCUGGAGCGAGAACCGACAAUAGCAACAAUACAGUUGCCACCGAUGGAGGAGAAACAAUCUGAUUACUUCAAGUCAAUUGCGUGCGCCGUAGACAGUAUGAUAAGGUUCGAUACAGAUCCAUCAGGUUGGUGGUGUAUGAAGUGGUUGUGCAACGGCGCGACGGAGAUCGUAACACUGGGCGGUAAGCCGCAAAGUUCGCUCAUUGAAUGGGGUGCGGGUGGUCCUAAGUUGCUUCGUCCACGCAGAAAUGGUAAACGUAGUGCCCUCGCCGAGAAGGUACCAGGACGUCACAUCGCAUUCCACAUGGGUGACAACAUACACUUACCAGCUUUCCAGGAUUGGUACACACGUACAGACGAAAUCCCUUCGGGUAGAAAUACCAGGGCCUUUACUGGUCCCCUGUGCCAUAUCAAGCUCAAUUCAAAAGCCACGGAGGAAAAGGACGUGUUUGGAUUACUAACGAUAAAGGAACUAUUCGCCCAACGUCUCCUAACCAGGGUCUGCCAACUUGUUCGGUUAUUGAAAGACCACAAUGCAUUCCAAGAAAAUGAAUGGGACUUACGACAGGGGGUGGAUGUAGAAGAUGAACUCGAUGACGAUGAUGUAGAUGACGCACUCGAACGAAAUCCUGUCAUCAAAGAAGCCAUGUGCAUGGCCUCAGGAAACCAUCCCUUCAUUCAACCACUUUACUUCAAGAACAAUGGCCAGUUCCAACCGAAUCAACGACGUGUUUGCUUCUCGAAAGGAAUUAUCGAACUCUUCUAUAGUUUCCAAAUGGGGUACGACCAUCGACCAGCGUUCCUCAAAAAGAAAAAACGCACGUAG